GGAAGACUGAACGUCAUCCGAUUCCUGUUCAAUAAAUAUUGGAGGAUGACGCCCCCGCUAGUAUUGGCCCUCGGGCUUCUGUUCCUGAUGCCGGCCCUCGGUGACGGUCCAUUCUGGAGCGACAUCAUGGGCACUGAAAUAGAACUCUGCGAAAAAUCCUGGUGGUCAAAUUUGCUAUACAUUAACAAUUUCUGGCCUUCCAAAGAUAUGUGUCUUGUGGCCACUUGGUACCUAGCGUGCAACUUCCAGUUCUUCGUUGUUUCAGUGUUCAUCCUCAUAUUGCUCUACAACUGGCCCAAACUUGGACUGAGUGUUACGUUUCUGCUUCUGCUGGCGGGAAGUGUCACAUCUGGAGUGAUUACGUACCUGUACAAGUUGCCUCCAGGACUCAUAUUUUACCCUGACCUAGAUACCGUUUCAACUCUGGCGACACUCGUGUAUCAUAAGCCGUACAACCACAUCGGCUCCUUCUGUGUCGGCAUCUACCUCGGCUACCUGAUUGUGAAGUUCCGGAACGUGAAGCUGAAGCCGCUGACUCAAGUGAUAGGCUGGUGCACAUCCUUCGCCGUAGGCGUGGCAGUGCUGUGGGCAGCGUAUCGUUGGAACGCCGAACUACCUCCUCCGAGAGUGGCAGCCGUCUACGCGGCCACGCACAGGGUUGCCUGGUGUAUUGCUCUGAGUUGGCUCACUUUUGCUUGUAUAACCGGCCAUGGUGGAUUCAUAGAGAGGAUACUGUCCUGGGGUCCAUUCAGCGCCCUCGGAAACUUGUCCUACAUGGCCUACAUCACACACCCUGUGGUCAUGCUCUAUCACGCUAGCCGCACUAGGGAUCUAAUCUACUACAGCCAGUACGAGAAGGUGUACGCAUUCUUUGGACACUUUCUGACGACGCUCACCAUAUCUGCCAUCUUCUACAUCAUUAUCGAGAUACCUUGCACCCGUUUGGGUGCCAUUUUACUCAGGGGAAGGCUUUUCCAGACUUCUACCGAGAAUCACGUCAACAAAAAUGGCAAAGUCAACGCAAAUGGCUCGGUUGCGGACACGAAAACGUGUAAAAUGAAAAUGUCCGCGAACGGUGCAGCACAAGAAAAAAAUGUUUUCACGUUAAGCGGGGACGAAGUAUCGAAUAAUAACGCAUCCAGUCACAUGUGACAAACUCUAAAAGAAUGUCUCCUCUUCACCUGCUAAAGUCAGAUGUGUUUUCGUUAAAAGCAAAUGCUCGAGGUGGGACACAUAACGAGUUACAACCUCAGCCAUCAUUUCGCUUUGAUGAAAAAGGUUUCUAUAGACUGGGAUGAUGUAAAGUCUAUAUGACGAAAAUGUGAUACGCAGCUAUGAGCGCUAACCUAACCGAAACGCAAGUCUCUCCUCAUUAUCGGCACCCGUACGUUUUCCUGCCUUAAACACUUAACCUAAAUGGACAGAAAUGCGUACAAGAACGUAGAAUGAGAAUUGAAUUCCAGAGGUUUCUAGGAAAGUUGCUGAAAUGCGACAGCGUGAAACCAAAACCAUGGACAUUGAACCCUCCAAUGUCAAAGAAGAACCCGUUCUAUUGAGUGUCCAGUUUGCUGAUGUGUCGGGCGUGCCCAUUGUCGGAUUUCACGAAUGCAUCGUUCUGUUCAUUAUUUUACGCAUGUUGUCUCGACAGAGUCGACGUGACACAUGGCAGCAUAAUGCCAGUUGCACGUUGUUACCUGGCUGGAUGCCAGUUCAGUGAACUUGUACAGGGUAUCUUGCUGUAUUAUUAGCGAUCGCGAAUAAAGGUAUGUCAUAAACAA